AUGGGCAAAAAGCACUUCGCUGAUGCCAUAGAUUGGUACACGAGAGCAAUAAAUCAGCAAGCUUUGAGUGACUCUGACACGGCUUUGUACCGAGCUGCCAAAGCGUAUUUUGCAUUGAACUUGUUGCUUGAAUCAACUUUGCAUUGCCAAAAUGGGCUUAAGCAUGACCCAAGUAACGAAGAGCUAAAGAAGCUGUUAAGGCAAAUUGAGUCAAAGAAGAUGGAACAUGAACAGCGUGAGGCUCAAGCUAAUGUUUAUUUCUUUGUUGAAACUAUGCAUGACCUUGUUUCCGCGAUCGAAAGUAGAGGGCUGAAAAUUGGGAAGGCAAUGUAUCAAGGACUUACAGGAUUAAGAAAGCCUGUAUUAGAUAAGAAUAAUAUUCUUCGUUGGCCAGUUCUUCUGCUGUAUGCAGAGGUUAUGUCCAGUGACUUCAUUGAGGAUUUCUGUGAGACUGAAAUGUUGUCAGCUAAUCUGGACAUGAUAUCCUUCUUUUAA